AUGGCGUCGAUGUUGAGGUACACGACGGAUCCUAUCGAUCUACAGGAGGAAAUCAAACGCUUGGACGAUCACGCGGAAUCGAUCAGGCGCGAGAAAUUCAUCGCCGCCAAGAAAAUACAGAGUAUUUUCAACCUUCGAGGGACGUCAGUUUAUUAUAGCGAACGAUCGAAUUUUGUUGGAUGCGUGCAAUUCUCGAGUCUUACGAUUAGUUUCACGUUCCAGGCACGGAUCCGUGGUUUACUCGUUCGAAAACAUUUGCGGCUGUUGCACGAAAGCGCGAUCACCAUCCAGCGGCAUUGGCGCGGUUAUUGCGUCAGGAUUUUCGCCGAUCGAUACCUGGUUGAGCGUGUUCAUCAAAUGUGGCAGGAUUAUUACGAUCGAAUGGCGACGAGGAUCCAGACGAUCUGGCGCGGUUACUGGACCAGGAAAACGGUACUCGAUAUACCGAAGAUGCGUCGAUGGUUGGACACCGUUUACGCGAAAAAUUACGAGACCGUGGAAGACAUGAAGAAGUUCAGGCAAAACGAGAUCGAGCACGCCGAAAGAGUCGUGGAACGCGAAUCGAUGCAGUGGAUAUUAUUCAUGCUGUUCAAGCUUCAUCAUCUGCUGAGAACGAAACAACAACCAGGCGUGAUCACCAGGAUCGACAGGACUCGUUUCACUUUCAUCGAAGAGAUGCUCAAGUGUUUCGAAUUCAGACGUUACGCGGGUAGGAAAGUCACUUCCUGCGGCGACUGUCAAAUAGAUCCUAAGCCGUCGUUGGUCUUCCGCGGGACCUAUUACGAGAGAUGCGAAAGAGAGAUCAGAGAGCUCGAGAGAAGCUUGAAAGCUGGUCUAGUGCCAAUAUUUAGAAGUACGAUGCAAUUUGCCUUUAUAACUAAUCGCAAACAACGUUCGCGAAUACCUGGUUAAACGUCCCGAAAGAACCUGACCAGUGUGAAAUAUUCAGGUUACCCUUACGACAAGCAGGAGAAAGCGUCGCGCAAAUUGUACCAAGCGUACCUAGAAGCUUCGUUGCACAGUCGAUUCGAAGAAACUCGGUCGGUUUCAGCAACGAAGGGACAAGGUAUCUGUCGUCCACGAAAGAAACCAGACUUGCAAAAUUACUGCUCCGGAACGAACAAACUCUACGACGAAAUAAAGAGGAUGGACUGUCACUUGAAUCGACUUUGCAUGAAGUGUCCGAUUCACGACCCUCCACGAAGGCACUAGAAUUUUUUAAAUGUAAUGAAACUUAUACCAUAAAACUAAGUUCAGCAUGCAGA